CCUAGAGAGGGGCGCCGGUUUUAAGAAAUGAUCCAAUGCUUUUUUAGGUGGUGUGGUUGUACAAUGUUUGGAGCGCAUAAUGUAAAUGAGAGAAACGGCCUUUGAUUUGUUGCUUGAUGAUAGGAGGAAGAGGAUAGGAAGGGAAGCCAGCAGCCAUGGCACCCAACAAAAUGCCACACCAAAAGUGAAUAGUGACUCUUCUGCUGCUACGACACACACAAGAACAAAGAGGAGGAGAAGGAGCAAGCUCUCUUUCUGUGAAACAAAGAGAGGCUAAAGGCCGGAUGAUUGAGGCGAUGGUGAUGGGCGAGUAGUCUUCCUCCAAGAACAAGGGAGCAAGCAGGAGAGGAAGCUCCAUUGAUCGAUCCAUGACACUGGAAGCAGAGGCAACAGGGAGCCAAGCUGCCAAGGAGCACGAUUACAUUGGCCUGGCCGAGCAGCAGCAGCAGAAUCCCCUGGCCGGCAAGAGCAGCAGUAGCAUCAAGGUAAGCGCGGGUGGUCUCAACAUGCGAAGGACGGAGCUCCAGCUGGGGCUGCCCGGAUCUCCACAGGAAGACGAGCUAGAGCAGCAGCAGCAGCGCUCCAAUGGGUUCCACAAGAACGGCAGCGAGCAGCAUCACGGGGACAAGGAGGACAAAGGGGCAAAUGGGUCGAGCGCCAAAUCCAAGCCCGCGCAGCCACAGCAGCCUGCUCGAUUUGCCCCAAGCGUGACACCAGAUGCCCAGGCCUGGCAUCCGCAGCAGCAGCAGCAGCAGCAGCAGCGAUCCUCGUCCUCGUCCUCGUCGUGCCACCUCAAGCCCCCGGAUCUUCACGAGUGCGUGGAGAAGCACGUCGUGGAGGACGCGAGCCAGUCCAGGGCUCCAGUGGGAUGGCCCCCAGUCCAAUCAUUCCGGAAGAAUUCACUCGCGGCUCCCACUGUUCAUCACGCCAAAACGGUGGACUCUCUGUCCAAUCCCUCCAGCCCAGCUGCCGCCGCCGCCGCCGCCGCCGCCACCCCUGGAACUUCGUCCCAGCACCAGGCAGCGGGAUCGCAGCUCGUCAAGGUGUACAUGGAUGGAGUUCCAAUCGGGAGGAAGGUGAACUUGCGGACUCACAGCAGCUACGAGCGGUUGUCCGGCGCCCUGGAGGAGAUGUUUAGACGAUUCAUCAGCGGACAAUCCGGAGCCGGCAAGGCCGUGGCCAAGGACAAGCUCGUGAGCGACACCAAGAAGUUUAACUUCAUCUAUGGCUCCGACUACGUGCUCACGUACGAAGACAAGGACGGCGAUCUCAUGCUCGUCGGCGAUGUUCCUUGGGAGAUGUUUGUGGGGGCCGUCAAGCGCCUGAGGAUCAUGAAAGGUUCCGAAGCCAUUGGUCUAGCUCCACGGGCAGCCGAGGACCAACUGACCGCUGCCAACAAGUGAUCUGCCUUGUUCACUUUAUACAGUACUGCUCCAUACUCUACGCUGUGCUGUUUUUUUUUUUUUUCUUUUUCUUUCUUUCUCCCCCACCUGUCUUGCUUGGCUUAAAAGCUAUGGCUGCUGGACUUGUCCAAACCCGAAAGAAUCUCUGGUGCUGCUACUGCUGCUGCUUGAUAUCUGUAAUGUAAUCUCUGUAGUGACGAAAGAUCCGUAGGAAGAGCUUGGAGACGAACGAGCUCGACCACCAGAGCAUGUUGCAGCGCAUCUGGACUGUCUCCCUACUCUUUGAGUUUUUAGUGCGAGCGAGCACCACCACCGCCUUUCGUUUUUUGCCGGCCAGCAACAUCGCACGAUCGAUCGGGAAGAGGUGUGUGACAUCACUCGCGCUUACGCGGCGGAUCUCCCACUGUGGAUUCCUGCUGCAGGAGACAAGCAAUCAGUUCAGAGCCCAGCAGAGAGAUCGGGUUAGCAUAAGAAAAGUCGGAAGGAAAAAAAGCGUAGAAAACAUGGAAGCAAAAGUAGGAAGUGACACUGUUACCUGAUCAGCCGGACAGACAGGAGUGUUACAGUAUGCGAUGUUGACAACACUUUUUUCUUCUGCAUACGCAACUGAGAUGCUUGCUUGUUGA